AGUUUUUGCUCUCUGGACUCUGCGCUGCACGAAAAUAGCUUUAUUUGCGGAAAAGACGGCGAAGUAUCGGGCCACUCUUCCUUUUUUGCAUAACUUACUACCGAACGUGGAUCGCUACCUUCUUUCCUACAGCUAUUUUAGGUUACAGAAGCACUUUAAUGUGAGGCUCGCUUGUAAUUCGCUAGGCGCAUCUUCUCUCCUAUUACUCCGUGGUUCUCUCCGAUACUCGGUGGUUUGCAGUUAGAUUAUCUAUACUCAAGGACUCGACCAGCACAGGACUGUGCGAAUUGCGGAGCGGCCCCGAGUCCCGGAGCGCAUGUACGGCGGCGUUAUGGACAAAUCGGAGGACAUGGCUUCAGUGUGCGAGUUCGAUCCAGGGACGGGCAGCAUCCCUGCCACCAAAGUAGAGAUCACCGUUUCCUGCAGGAUUCAAGACCAAAACUUCCCCAGUCCACAGAAAUUCUCUCAAAAUUGUAUCCCACGGACUGAGAAUCUUUUAGAUAAAGACACAUUCUCCAAGUCUGACCCACUCUGUGUCCUGUACACACAGGAGGCGGAGACUAAGCAGUGGAAAGAGUUUGGAAGGACAGAAGUAAUUGACAACACGCUGAACCCGGACUUUGUCCAGAAGUACAUCCUUGACUACUUCUUUGAGGAGAAACAGAACCUCCGUUUUGAUCUAUAUGAUGUUGAUUCAAAAAGCUCCGAUCUGUCAAAACAUCCAUCUGAACUCCACGACUUCCUGGGCCAGACUUUCUGCACCUUGGGGGAGAUCGUAGGGUCCCCUGGCAGCCAUCUGGAGAAACCCUUGGGAGGUAUUCCUGGGAAGAAGUGUGGUACCAUCAUCCUCACAGCAGAAGAGCUGGACAACUGCAGAGACUGCGCCACCAUGCAGUUCUGUGCCAACAAGCUGGAUAAGAAGGACUUUUUCGGCAAGUCGGAUCCAUUCAUGGUGUUCUACAGGAGCAAUGAGGAUGGAACGUUCACCAUUUGCCAUAAGACAGAGGUGGUGAAAACCACGCUGAAUCCAGUGUGGCAGCCGUUCUCCAUCCCUGUGCGGGCGUUCUGCAAUGGUGACUAUGAAAGGUCGAUCAAGGUGGAGGUGUACGAUUGGGACCGAGAUGGCAGCCAUGACUUCAUUGGCCAGUUCAGCACCAGCUACAGGGAGCUGGCAAGGGGCCAGAACCAGCUAAAUAUGUACCAGGUACUGAAUCCCAAAAAGAAGAUGAAGAAAAAGAAGUAUAUCAAUUCUGGAACAGUGACACUGCUGUCAUUCUCCGUGGAGUCAGAGCACACCUUUCUGGACUACAUCAAAGGAGGCACCCAGAUACAUUUCACUGUGGCCAUUGACUUUACUGCUUCCAAUGGAAACCCCUCCCAAUCCACCUCACUGCACUAUAUGAACCCCUAUCAAAUGAACGCCUAUGCCAUGGCCCUCAAAGCUGUGGGCGAGAUUAUCCAGGACUACGACAGUGACAAGAUGUUCCCCGCUCUGGGCUUUGGUGCCAAGCUGCCCCCUGAUGGACGGGUGUCCCAUGAAUUUCCGCUGAAUGGCAAUACAGAGAACCCAUACUGCAACGGAAUGGAGGGUAUCUUGGAGGCUUACCACCAGAGCCUUAAGACGGUACAGCUCUAUGGACCUACAAACUUCGCUCCAGUUGUCAACCAUGUAGCCAGGUAUGCUUCUGCAGUCCAGGAUGGCUCACAGUACUUUGUCCUCCUCAUCAUCACAGAUGGUGUCAUAUCGGAUAUGGCCCAGACCAAGGAGGCUAUUGUCAACGCUGCUAAACUUCCAAUGUCUAUCAUCAUUGUUGGAGUAGGACAGGCAGAGUUCGAUGCUAUGGUGGAACUGGACGGUGAUGACAUCAGGAUUUCUUCUCGAGGGAAACUCGCUGAGCGAGACAUUGUCCAGUUUGUGCCAUUUCGGGACUACAUGGACCGGACUGGGAACCAUGUGCUUAGCAUGGCUCGUCUAGCCAAAGAUGUGCUUGCUGAGAUUCCGGAGCAGUUCAUCUCCUACAUGAAGUCCCGAGCCAUCAAGCCCAACACAAAUGUGCCCAGGCACACACCCAGCGGACACACCCUGCAUACGCAGAUCUGAGUUGGACGCUUGAGAGCAGGACGAUGGUAAGCUUGAGGGGCAAGUUGGUGUUAGUCAACCUUAAGACUUUAAGGCAUCCAAGGAGUGGAGAACGUCUGGUGGAAUUUACAGACAUUUAAGCUACCCUUUGGGUCAAUUGCCAUUGGCUUUCUGAGUAUUAAGACAAGAAGAGUCUUCUUUGCUCAUGAAUGUGACUUUCUUGGGUAAAAGAAUGCAGUGGAAAGGGGGUUGAGAGCAAGGCUGUUUGACAAUUCAUAGUUUUGGCUCCUAGGUAGUGAUGUUUUGGAACUUUUCUUGGUUUGGGGAAGGCAAUCUACAUGACUGAAUUGGGUGUGCUCACUGGGGUGGUAGAUAGUAAAUUAAUUAAAUCUUUUGAACUUGAAAUGUUCACGUACGUGAUUUCUAGAGUGGCUUGCAAUCUCUUGAACUCUCCCAUAAAAUGAUCAGUUUAGCUUAAAUCACAAAUGAUUAAAGGCCCCUGGAGUUUAACUUGGCCACUCUAGAACAUUUGUCGUUUUGUUUUUUAACCAUGUUUGUACUGCUUUGGCCUGGUACUUAAGGGCAUUAGGUCAUUGUCCUUCUGAAAGAUUUACUUUUUCCCAAACUUUGCAGACUGAAGCUGGUUUUCUUGUAAUAUCUCCCUGUAUAUUGCUCCCUUCAUUUUGAAAAGAUGCUCCAUUCCUGCAAAUGAAAAGCAUCCCAGUACCAUGACACUACCACCACCAUACUUCCCAGUAGAUAUGGUGUUAAUUCAUAUGCGUACGACGUUUGUGACAUACAUAGUGUUUUGAAUUUUAGCCAAACAUCUCUAUCUUGCUCCCGUCAGACCACAAAACCUUGUCUCAUAUGGCUCACCCAUACCUUUGGGCAGACAAGCUUUCAUAUAUCUCUUCUUGAGUCUUGUCUUUUCUCUGGCCUCUCACACAUACAGGCCAGUAGUUUGUACUGUUGAGGUAUGCAGUAUGGUCUCGGCAUGAUGGACUGGUGCACCUUCACUCCACACUCAGCCAGUAAACUCUGUAGCUCCUUCAGACUGACUGUUGGCUACAUUUUGGCUUCCCUCACCAAUCUCCUUUUUGUAUGGCUGCUCAGUUCUGAAGAACAGCCUAUUCUAAACAGGUUUGGUAUGACUUCCAUAACUUUCUCAGUAUUGAUCCAACCGUGCCUACUUGGACGUCCAACCUCUUGGGUAUUUUUUGUACCCAAGAUAAAUUGAUGGCAUUCAAUUACUUUAUCUCUAACUUUCUUAUAACUUCUAUUAAGUCUUCAUUUUUGUCUUUCAAAUGAUAGUGAAACUGGGGGGGGGGCAACAUUUCAUAUUUUUUUUAGAUUUGACAUUGAAAACUUACUCUGAAAGACUAUGAGUUUGAACCAAAAAUACUGACAGGAAGACUACAUAUGUGUAUAUUUAGUAUUUCAGGCAAAUCUCAUAUCUGACCAUUUUAAGGGCAGGUUCAAUAUUUUUGCAAGCCAAUAUGAAUCUCUUUAUUGUAUUGGAAUUAUAUAUAAUCCCCAGUAAGAGUCUUCAUUUGUUUUUCAUAUGGUUAGUUUCAUAUCACAUUCAGGCAUGGAUUGGACCACCAACAUUGAGAUGUUCUCUAAUGUAGUCAUCCUGAAACAGAACAGACCCCAUAAUAAGAGUCAAGUGUUGAAAAUAACUAUUACCGAUUUAGCUACUUUGCCCCUGAGAGCAGUCAUGAUAGAAAAAGAAGCACAAAUAUAAUUAUUAUAUUAUAUAUAUUAUUAUUUAUUAUUAUUCACAUCAUCACAGUCUAAGCCAAACAAACAAGCAGCAACCACCACACGAGGAAUACCAGUGGUGAUUAUUUUGUUAUUAAAUGCCCUCGUGACCCAGCAUUGACCGCAUAAGUUUCUCCAUGCUUGCUUUUGGCCCAAUAAUAGCAUCAUCAACAAGCCAGCAGGACUCAGACAGAAGGCCUCAGUAUACAGUAUGAUUUUCCUGAGGAGUCCUGACCAUGGCAGUUACUGCUCUCUUUAAAAUGGGCAACAAAGUACAGCUCAAUGUGGCAACUAACUAGCUGUUUAACCCAGUUGUGGCUAAGAGCCAAUUAGGAAGAAACAGACUUAAUAAAUUUGAUUGAUUAAUUAUGUUAAAUGCGAGUUUGCUCACAUCCACUUGGGAGUAGGGUGGGGGGGGGCGCAGUUGUGUGAAGUUAUGGUUAAAAGAAAUGUUGGCAUUGCAUGGACACUAAAGAGUUAAAUAUCUACCUCUCUAAAUGGAUUGCGUGUAACUCACCUUGCAGAAAAUAAGAUCAUCCAGUAACAAAGGGCCAGCAAAUGCUGACCUGGGAUACAAACUUUAGGGCCAUUUUAUGUAACAGGGUUAUUAUCAGAGAUGUUUACUGAAAUGGAAGAUAAAAGACAGUGUGGUAGCAGCUAAGCUGAGAUGGGAGGAGACGGGAGGGGUUUUAGGGUUGUGGGUCUGUUAUCAACAGGCAGAUGAGGUCACCACCAGAUCAGUAUUAAGCUCUUUGACAGAGUCUGGCCUGAGAAGCAGAUGGAUCGAAUACUCAGCAAGGCGGACCUCACUCUUCCAUUUCGCCCCUUAAUUGAAUUCUAUCAAGCAUGAAUUUAAUCAAGCGUGAAUUGCAGUGAGUGUGAUUUUCAUCAAGCGUAAAUCUCCCCAAGCAUGGGUUUCUUUUUUCCCCAAAAAAUGUCAUAGUGGAUUUCCACGAGGCAGCUGAUGGCUCUGAAACCUGUAACUAACCUGUCAUGCGUGUAACAAUCAUCUCUGCUUAGCACCCCAGCUUCUCCCCAUAACUGCCCUGCACCAUCGCACUGCACCAUCACACUGCACCAUCACAUGGAGCCCUCACUGACAGAGAAUCUCACUGCACUCACCUCUGAAGCUGGAUCACUGCUGAGUUCUUCUCAGCUAGGCUUAGCUCUCCUGGUUCUUGCUAUUGUUUUUUUAAUUUUCAUAAUCUCUUUCAUCCAGCCUAACCCAGAUAAAAUAUCAGCAGCAUUAUCUUUACACCACAUCUGUUCUGUAAAAUAUCCUUGAUGUUUUACCGAACAAAUUAAAAUGAUCUUGCAGUUAUUUUCUCUUCAUUUAGCAGCAGGAUCUAGCACCAUUGAUAAAUUUUCUUUAACUAUAUUCCAUCCAUCAGUUAUGCUGUAUGACAGCCUGAUGACCUCAGUAAAAUGAGCUCUUACUAAAGUGUAUAUUUAAUCGGUUAGCUAAAGGAUUUGGCGAAUGGCUUUUUGCUAUAAGUAGAAGUGUACAAAAGUGCAAAGUGAAAUGCAACCACAUUGUAAGUACAAUUGUUUACAAAAUUGACCCAGGACAGCAGUAUAGUAAUAUAACAUAACAUAUGCAAAUGCACUUUCAAGCUAAACCAAUGAAGCUUAAACAUAAACAUAUAAAUAAAAUUAUUUCAAACACAAAAAAUAUUAAGUAAAAAAAGAUGUUAAAAACUUGUUGUCUGAAAAUCUCUAUUUGAAUCAAACUCUAAAAAGUCCAUUGUAAUCCGAGAUACAAAAAUUGGAUUUCAGGACUCAGGGAUUCAGUUAUAUCUGCAAGGACCACCAUUCACCAAGAAGUGUGUAGGAGACUGGACAGAGCGCCUAUUGCCUAAAUGGGUUGACCCUUGCUGUGGAAGGUUUUGAGCUCUCAUGUCAGCUGCCUCAGUCGGGUCAGAAGUUGAUCUCCUUAAAUCCAACCAUAUAAUGUUCUAAAUUCCAAGCUGCAUGAAGUUUCUGUUUAGCUCUAAGGUGAAGUGAUUAUUCAUUGUUGACAUACCACAGCACACAGUGUACACCAGUGAAACGUGUCCUCUGCAUUUAACCCAUAUGUCACAUCGUUGCAUAGCAGGUUGCAUCUAAUUCAGUAUCCGGGGAGCAGUGCUUGGGGACGAUACCUUGCUCAGGGUACCUCAGUGGUACCUUGCUGGUCAGGGAUUCGAGCCAGAAAUCUUUCGAUUACAAGUGCGCUUCCCUAACCAUUACGCAACACUCUUUCAGAAAUGUGUAUCAUAUCCAUAUUCCCUCAUUCUGGGAUAUUGUUCAUAGCAUAAAAGUUUUUUUAAAAAGUGCACCAGCUCUUAUUGCUGUGACUAUUAGCAUUUUAGGCGAUAGUUUUCUUGCUGUGGUGGUUGUUGGUUUUGGUACUUUUCUGGUGCUAUUCCUGAUAUGUGACAUCUGUGUGAGACUAUUAAGCAAUCCAGAGAGCAUGAAUCUGGAAUCCUAAUCAGUCUUUAACCUUAAAGCAAAGAACGUUCAUUGCUUGUUUUUUUUCUUUUAUUACCCGUGAACCUCUUAGUUAACAGCAAUGCUAGCUGUAACCUCUGGCCCACAGGACACAUGGUGCUGGCCCAGCUCACCUUUUAGAAGAACAAACAUGAUAUUUCUGCAAGAAUCCCUCAAAAAUUGGCUUAUAACUGUGUCCAAUAAUCAUCAGUUUAAUUCAAAGCAAUUUACUAUUUAUGCAGCACUGUUUUACGAUUGCCAUUCCAUCCAGGGUGUCCCAUCCCACGCACCCUGCACCAUAGGCUCCAGGUCUGCCACAACCCUAAUCUGGAUAAGCAGUAUGCAAGAUGAACAGAUCAUUUACUUGAAGAUUUCUGAUUAGGCAUGGCCCAUAGUCCAAGAAUAGGGUUCCUAACCAGCUAAUGAGAAUCUGAGCUCCUCUUAUCAUUUGCUGCUACUAGGGCACUUUUCCACCUCGCCAGGUACUGUACUUUUGGUACUUCAAAAAAAAAAAAAAAAAAAAACACCAAAAGUACAUGUGCAUGUUAUGCACAUGCAGUUCUUACAUCACAAGGACUGGGACAAUAAGAUGGGGGAAAUCUUUACUUUGUCACAGGAAACAAAACUUAGCAAACAUGGCAAUUUUAAUGGUUAUUCUUUUUCAAGAUUGUCUACUAUAUGUUUAACAAAUCAGUUUUAAGUUGACCUCUGCUGCUUUUGCAUGAGUGCUGCAUGCAUUCUCCAAGAUAAUCACUCCUAGACUGGUUUGGCACUUUAGGUACUGGAACCUUUGGUACUGGUACUCAACCAGAAGUCAAUGGAAAAGGGAAAGUACCGAAAGUUAUAUCCCACAAGUAUGAUACCUGGUGCAGUGGAAAAGCACCCUUGGAGACCCCCACGUCUUGGUUGCUAUGCCUUCCUACAUAACUGAUGUAACAGUCUAGCAGGAAAAAGAGAUGCGAUGGUGUGGCUUUUUCUACUCUUAUGUCCAAAAUAGCCUCACCAGCUUUCAGCAGAUGUUACUGCAGUUCUGUGUAAUGUGCAAAUGAAGGGAUCAAAGAUGCCAUGGAUUUCUCUUGUAGCCUUGGAGCACAAUUUCAUUCAGGUGGGUUAUGUAACCCACAUGGUCAAUUUUUAUUACAGUAAUGAACAAAUAUUUCUUGGGGUCAGUAAAGGAAAGCACACAUGUGUUCAUAAUUACAAGAUAGUGAUAUGUGAAUUAAGUAACUCCUUAUAUAUUUUUAAUGUUUAGUAUUUUCUGGUUUCUCCUAGUUUAGACCCAGGACAAAGGUUAUAUAUUGUAAACUAGUAGCUGUAUGUAUCUUCUGUUCUGUUGUCGCUAUCAAUACUAAGGAAACAGUUUGUUUUGUUAAGUAAAAACUGAAGUUGUAUACUUGGUACAAUUGGUGUCUUAUAAAAAGAAAAAAACAUUGCCUCUCAUGGGACAUGACAGACCCUGUCUUGUGGCAAAUGUUUACAUGGCAGUCUGCACCUGCUGAGACAUACGCAGCCUUGAAUACCCCAAGCACCCAACACGUGUAGCAUACGUGUUUCCAUGUGGCAGUCUGCACCUGCUGAGACAUACGCAGCCUUGAACACCCCAAGCACCCAACACGUGUAGCAUACGUGUUUCCAUGUGGCAGUCUGCACCUGCUGAGACAUACGCAGCGUUGAACACCCCAAGCGCCCAACACGUGUAGCGUACAUGUUUCCAUGUGGCAGUCUGCACCUGCUGAGACAUACGCAGCCUUGAACACCCCAAGCACCCAACACGUGUAGCAUACGUGUUUCCAUGUGGCAGUCUGCACCUGCUGAGACAUACGCAGUGUUGAACACCCCAAGCGCCCAACACGUGUAGCGUACGUGUUUCCAUGUGGUAGUCUGCACCUGCUGAGACAUACGCAGUGUUGAACACCCCAAGCGCCCAACACGUGUAGCGUACGUGUUUUCAUGUGGCAGUCUGCACCUGCUGAGACAUACGCAGCCUUGAACACCCCAAGCACCCAACACGUGUAGCAUACGUGUUUCCAUGUGGCAGUCUGCACCUGCUGAGACAUACGCAGUGUUGAACACCCCAAGCACCCAACACAUGUAGCGUACGUGUUUCCAUGUGGCAGUCUGCACCUGCUGAGACAUACGCAGUGUUGAACACCCCAAGCACCCAACACGUGUAGCAUACGUGUUUCCAUGUGGCAGUCUGCACCUGCUGAGACAUACGCAGCGUUGAACACCCCAAGCGCCCAACACGUGUAGCGUACGUGUUUUCAUGUGGCAGUCUGCACCUGCUGAGACAUAUGCAGUGUUGAACACCCCAAACACCCAACACGUGUAGCAUACGUGUUCCCAUGUGGACAGUAUGUAUGUCAGUGUUAGCUGGCUGAUAGCCCUUAACACUCACCAAUCACCUCUUUUGUUUCUGACAAGAUCUUUCUAAUAGACAGUUGCCAUUGCCAAGCAUGCGGCUUGUACAGGCACCAGUGUUUUACCCGUUUUUUUCUCACCAUGUACUCCCAGUUCUUCACCCUACAUCUUAUGGUAUCCUAUUUGCAUGAUUCAUUCAUUCGUCAGAUCAGACAUUGUAAAUAGUUAUUGUUUUACAGUGCAAUGUGAAAUUCUUUGUAUUGGAUUGCCUUAAAUGAAAAUUAAUAAAAGACUCCUUUUGCAAAAGUUAAA